UUUUAAUUUUCACGCUAAUGCGUGUUCAGCUGUCAGACAGUUCUUUUCAAAACAAACGUGAAAACGUGUUUACGAUCGUACUUGGUCGUCCCCAUAAAAUCUUAAUUUUCUCCCGAAAGAAUGGCCCUAAAAGCACUGAAAUGUCGACAAUCCAAACGACAAAAGGCAGGGCUCAGAUACAAAGUGCUGAAGAAAAUUGCCGCCAGCAAGAGGAAGAAGGAAAAGGAAGCUAAAAAGCUUCCCAAGUUCAAAUCGAAAAAGCAGAAACUGAUCCAGGUGCCCAAUAUAUGUCCCUUCAAGAAGGAAAUUUUGGAUGAGGUAGCUGAACACAAGAAAUUCGCCGAGCAGGAGAAGGAAAGAAAGCGGGAAUUGAUGAAACAGCAACGACAGGAGGCCCCCAAGGGACAGACGAUCGAGUCGAUCGCGGCGGAUGCAGCCAAAAGAGGUCAAGAAUACGACCCUUUGAAGGUGGAAGCUGCCGCAGCCAAACAAGAGGAAGAAUAUACGAAUUUCGGCCGGGGAAAGGAAGGCUCGCUUAAGGCAUACUUCAAAGAGUUCAAGAAAGUCAUCGACGCGGCCGAUGUGAUUCUUGAGGUGGUCGAUGCCAGGGAUCCUCUGGGAACUAGAUGUGCUGAGGUGGCACAAAUUGUCCGCGAAGCGCCAGGCCAGAAACGUUUGGUAUUGAUUCUGAACAAAGCCGAUCUGGUGCCCAGGGAAAAUUUGGAGAAAUGGUUGAAGUAUCUCCGUAAAUCUGGACCGGUUAUUCCGUUCAAAGCCACGACACAAACACAAAAGUACAGGAUUGGCAAUCGUAAAUUCAAAACGGCCAAAACUCUUGAAGCCUCACCUUGUAUAGGAGCGGAUUUGUUGAAGGAACUUUUGGCGAAUUAUUGUCGCAAUGACGACAUUCGCACAUCGAUUAGGGUUGGAAUUGUUGGUCUUCCGAACGUAGGAAAGUCUUCGCUGGUGAAUUCUCUCAAGCGUAAACGAGCCUGUCUGGUAGGGGCCAAGCCGGGCAUCACAAGGCAGAUGCAGGAGGUACAAAUUGAUUCCCACGUGAAGCUUCUGGACAGUCCGGGAAUUAUCUUCCAACGGCCGCAGGAUGAAGACCAGAAUCGGUUCUUUGCGCUCAAGAAUGCUCAAAAGGUGACAGAAAUUCAGGAUCCCUUUCCACUGGCCGAAGAUAUUUUGAAGCGUGGAACGAUGACCUAUUUCUGCAAAUUGUACGAUAUCAGUGAAUUUCACUCGACGGACGAGUUUUUGGCCAGAAAGGCAAUCAAAAUGGGGGCCCUUGCUAAGAAAGGCGUUCCGGACGUGAAAAAAGCCGCUCGAACGCUAAUUGAAGACUGGAACGCUGGCAAGAUUAAGUACUGCACUCAUCCGCCGGAGGAAGGUGAUGAUAUUCACAUUAGUGCUCAGUUGGUGUCCUCCGAUGCGCCAGAGUUUAACUUGGAGAGCUUCGAUCAGGUCUUGGAUGCGUUGGGAAAUGAGUACGAAGAGAGUUUCAAGAUGAAGGAUAAAGAUGGAGAGGAAAUGAUGGUUAUCUCGAAGGACGAAAUUCUGACGAUGGAGAUUGACACCAAGGGACCCGUCAGCAUGCAACUGUCCAAGGAUGAUCAAGCCAAAAAUGUUCUGGGCGAUCUUUUGCAAGGAUCCGGCAAGAUUAUCGAACAGGAUGACGAAAUGAAGGGCGCGAAAGGGAAGAAGCGUAAGGUGAAUGAUUACGCGGAGGAGGAAAAGAAGUUCCGGAAGGAUCCCAUGUUCCAGCUGGAAGGGAACCAAACGUUGAACAAAAACCGAAAGGCAAUCCUGAAGGCAAAGAAAAAAGCUGCCUCACGCGUUGAGGGCAAAGUCGCCGAUGUGGCAGAGGAUAUGGAUUCUUGUACGAUCAAUGUUGGUGGCAAGAAGAAGAAAUCUAAUCCUGGAGCGGAUGAUUAUGAUUUUGAUGAUGAUUAUCAAAUGUAAAAUUCAACCGGUAAGACUUUUGUUUUAGAAAUAUACUUAUUUGUUGUAAGAAAUAUAUCCGUUUUUUUCAACAAGUUAAA